GGAAAAGGAAGAGAGAGACGAAGGGCUAGGGCAAACGUUCUUCAUCCCACCACGAGGAGGGUCCUUCUCGAGCGCCGGCCGUAAUUGUGGUGGAGGACCAAGAAGAUGCUACCCAGGAACCGGGUACCAUGGCUGGCCAAUCCCCUCCACACCCCGUGAUGCAGGGUGGCGAACUCGCUGGGUCGUCUCAGGGCAUUGCCUUGGAGCGACCUCCAUCACCACCCGCAGUGACCUACGAGGUGGCGACCGGGGGUCGCUCGACGAGGCUCUGCAUCCCUCCCCUACCCCAAAGCCUAGGAGACGUACAGCUGGAGACUCUUAUCACUCUGCCUGCAGAAGACCAGGCUCGUAUCUCGGCAGGCUCCGAGGACGACCUUGAAAACAUGGUCCUUUUGAGGCUCAGUCAGGCCGCCGCGGACGAGGCGAUGAAAGCAGCCGAGGCCAAGCAGAAGGAGCUGCAGGAGGAGGUCGCUCGACUCACCAGGGAGUUGGAGGAGAAAGAAGAUCGUUGCGCGGCGCUUGCUGUGGAGAAAGCUUCUCAGGAGAACCGAUGCGUCGCCCUUGAGGCAGACAAGGCCUCCUUUUCCUUGGAGGUAGAAUCUGUUUCUGCUCGAGUGGUCGAGCUGGAAGGGGAGAAACAUGACCUGAUCCAGCAGUUGAAGGUGGAGAGGAGCGAUCGGGUCCGCCAUGCAGAGGGAGCGGUAGAAUCCUUCAAGUCCUCUCCUGACUUCACGGUAGUCGCGAUGGAGCGGAUGGAAGAGCUAACGGCCGCUUGGCUCAAAACUGAACCUGGGGCUCAAUGGAUGAUCUUUCCGAGGGGCCGGCUCCUUCUUCGCCGGAGCCUGCCUCCUCCCCCAAGUCAGUCAAUUCCAACGACUGGGGGGGGGGGGCUUGACCCUUACGAAUUCUGUCGCCGGUUGCCUCGCCGGCAGUGGCCGUCGGUGAAACCGCCGCCACCACCUCCAAACCCUUAUGAAGACUUUAGUGAGGCGUACGAGGCCCUCUCCGCCAACCGCCUGCCUGACGGGCGGAUUGACUGGGAUGCUCCAUGCUCCCUCCAUUCCCUGCAAUGUAUGGCCUGGGAGAGCUUUCAAGAUGAGCACUUACCCCUCCUGGAGCAUGAGUGCGCAUACUACGCAAGUCUUGAGCGAUGGACUAGCGAGAGUCGCACCAGUUCACCGGUGAGGCCUACGGAGGAGGUUGCAUUAGGGGAAGAACUGGGUUCUCCCCUACCUCGCCCCGCUUGCCAUUCACUUCCCCAGAAGACCCUAGGAGACCUGAAGUAGCUCGGGCGGCUCCAGGAUCUCCGUCCUCGCCUAGGUGAUGCUGGUUGGGGUUCACAGAGAAGUGAGCCGUCCCCCGUCCUUCCUUGGCAGGAGAAGGGCGGUGGGUUUUUGCCGAGGCUGGGGGCGACCACUCCCGUUCCAUGUUGGGGAAGAAAGGUGGUCGUCCUGG